UCAAGGGAUAAAACGACGUAGUUUUGGAAGCUGUUGGAACUCACAUGGAACAAAACCCCAGUGUCGAGAGAGAAAGAGAGAGAGAGCCAAACAGCGGUCAAAUUUUCCGAUAACGAUUCGCCGGUGAUUUGAGUGUUACCUUUAGAAAGACAGAAGAAUCGAGCAUGUCAAACGAAGUAAGAGAGAUCGCUGGAGAUGUCGUUGCGAUGAUGCAAUCGCAGCUACAGUCUCUCCAGAAUAGAGUCGAGGAAUUAGAGGCUGAGAAUGCAAAGCUAUCAGCUCAACUCUCCAAAUGUUGUUGCCAUAAGACAGAGAAGAUGCAUAACGGUUCUGAUGUAAAAUGUUUCAAUUCGAGUGUGGCAAGUCAGAGAAAAAACAAUGGAGAUGAUAAGACCAGAAAAAAGAAAGCAUCAGAAAGAAUUCCAGGUUAUAAUUUGGAAAUCAUGACUCACCAUUCCAAGAGAUAUGUUGCUCUAAAAGUCAUGUAUUUUGGUAAGAGGUUUUAUGGUUUUGCUUCAGAAGCACAAAUGGAUCCUACUGUUGAGUCUGAAAUUUUCAAAGCUCUUGAGAAAACAAGGCUUUUAGUUGGUGACAAGAAGGAAUCACUCUACUCAAGAUGUGGCAGAACAGAUAAGGGAGUCUCCGCUGUUGGCCAAGUGAUUGCAUUAUAUUUAAGGUCAAACCUCAAAGAAGCUGAUGCAAACGAUCAAACUUCAGGAGAAUUAAUUUCAGGGACUCGAACUGAAGGAGAAAUUGAUUAUGUGAGAGUACUGAACCGAGUCCUUCCAAACGAUAUUCGAAUUUUAGGAUGGAGUCCUGUUUCAAUUGAUUUCAAUGCAAGGUUUAGUUGUUUGGCUAGAGAAUAUACAUACUUCUUUUGGAGAGGAAAUUUGAAUCUCCCAGAUAUGGAGAAUGCAGGAAAGAAAUUUAUAGGAGAACAUGAUUUCAGAAAUUUUUGUAAGAUGGAUGCAGCAAAUGUACACAACUACAGGCGGCGUGUUACAUUGUUUGAAAUUUCUUCUUCUAAUAUGAGGUUUGAAGGCAAUCAGCUUUGUGUGAUCAAAGUUAAAGGUAGUGCCUUCCUAUGGCAUCAAGUGCGGUGCAUGGUUGCUGUACUAUUUAUGAUCGGCCAAGGUGUUGAAUCAAUUGCUGUGAUAGAUGCAUUACUGGACACUGAGAAGACACCAAGAAAACCUCAAUAUGCCAUGGCUCCAGAGAUACCAUUGGUCCUUCAAUCCUGUGAUUUUGAAGAUGUCAAUUUUAUUUGUUCAUCAGAUUCUGGGCAAGCACUAUGUAUACAUUUGGAAAAUGAAUGUCAAGCGUACCAGCUUCAAUCUGCAAUUUUUCAUGAGGCUCUUCUAAGCUGCUUGCCUUUAGCAAAUGGCAAGAGCUUAUUGAAUGAGGGAACAAUCAAGAAGGUGGCUUCCCAUGUUCCUCUCUUGUCACGGCCAACAGAGCCAUCAUAUGAGGAAAGAUGUGCGAAACUGAAUUCAAGAAGAUGAACCUGGAAAACAUUAUGGUGGAGUUGAGGCCCUACAAUGUUUACUUUUUAACUCAGUUAACCUGUUAUGUUGUAUUAUGAAUUUAUUGUUUUGAGUUGUUUGUACUUGUGAGUUAUGUCAGGGAAUAUGUAGUUUUAAACAUGGUGAAUUUUGAUCCUUAUAAGCUCAGGGAAAAGUGUCUUCCAUAUGGCAUUCACUAGUACAUUGCUUUUACUACUUCUUUUGUCUUGUUGGGUACAUUGGACUAAGCACAAAUAGUAGAUGGCCAAGUUACUCCAAUACGAGACCUUUCCAUCAUGUCAUUUGGAUGAAAUUGGCCUGAUUAGAUCAUUUAAAUUGAAUCAAAGAAGCCUUCCUUUGGUUCUA